AUGAGCGCUGGACACCCUCACGAUGCGGAGGUGCUGAUCAUCGGCGCGGGCUUCGCGGGCUUGACGGCCGCACGGGUGUUGAGUGCCUACGGUGUCCGUAGCAAGGUGCUCGAGGCGCGGAACCGCCUGGGCGGUCGCGCGCACACCUUGGAGCUGAUGGAUGAGGCGAUGGAGCCAGAGGUGGCUGAAGAAGGUUGUAAUUAUCUUCACGGCUGCAGUGAUGAUCACCCCUUGUUUCUGCUGGCAGCGCGUCUUGGCAUUCCCACUGCAGUGGCCACGGGCGACCUGGGUUGUCAGUACGGUGGCUGGGAAUCCGCAGAGCUGGCCGAGUGGCACGAUGUGGACGCUGGCGAGGAGAUCCCCGUGGAGGAGGUGUUGGAUGCAGCUCUCUUGCUUCAACAUGUCAUCUAUGGCGUGGCCGUUUUGGCCGAACGCGACGACGCCGACGCCACGGUGGAGGUGCUCUUCGAGCGCGCGCUGCUGGAGAUCCUGGAUCGGCGCAAGGCCGCAGGGCGCCGCAGUGAAGCAAGCUUGACAGCAAGAGAGCGUGCUUUGAUCUAUAAGAUUCGAGGUCGACAUUUGGGCUAUGUGGCUCCAUGCUCACGCAUGCCUCCCACCCAGAUUGUAGCAUCCACCUCCCUAGCACGUGCAGAACAAAUUUUUCGGGAUGGCCACUGGCCGCACAGCGAAGAAGGCCUUCAUGAGGGGAUGCUGCGUUUAUGGCGGCAGAAGUUGGCGAUUAUCCAAUCCUUCUCGGAUGGGCCAAAGAGCUCUGUGACGGAUGAGCCGGAGGAUGACUUUGAAGAUCGGCUGCUGUUGGGCGGCGGCUUUCGGACCUUUAUCGAUUGUUUGGCAGAAAACGCGCAGGUGCUGCUGGAUGAGGUAGUCAAGGAGGUCAUCCAAGAAGAAGCAUCGGUGAGGAUGCUGUGCGGACCGAACCGGAGCCUCCGCGCGGCCUUCGGACUGGUCACGGUGCCCUCGGGCGUCCUGGCGGAGCUGCAUCCGGAGAGCCAGAUCCGCUUUGACCCCCCACUGCCAGAGGAGAAGAUGACUGCAAUCAGGCGUUUGUCCAUUCCACGCUGUGGGGCCUGUACGCAUGAGAAGGUGCUUUUGCGAUGGCCCAAGGGGUCUGCUUUCGUGCUGAAGAAGCUGGAUCCAGCCGGGGCACCUCUCCAAUUUGAGACCACGGACGCCAGGUUUCACUUCUUGAAUCUUCACAAGUAUGGGCGCAGGGGACAGCUCCUGUGCCACAUCUGGGGUGAUGCCCAGUGGGAGCAGCACGAGCAUUUGAGCGAUGAAGAAUUGGUUUUGGAGGUGGUGAAGGGCUUGCGUGCCAUGUUUCCGCAAGAUCAAGAGCUCAUUCUGUUACCUCCUCUCUACAAGGUCACCCGCUGGUCUCUGGACCCCUUUGCCCUUGGAGCUUACACCGAGUUUCAAGCCUCGGCAGCUUCCGAGGAGGACCGGACCCUCUACGCGCGUGCGGAGCAACGGCUCCACUUCGCCGGGGAGGGCGCGAUCUGCGGCGAUCUGGGUGCCCAAUGCACCCACGGUGCGGUGCUCUCGGGCGCUUGGGCAGCGGUGGAGCUGCUUCGACGUAUGCAGCUGGAGCCGGUGGAGUUGCUGAAGGAGACAGCGACGUCGGGAGCCCGAGGGCCUGGUGACCUGGACGUCGCUGCUUUAGUGGAGCUCUUGGCCACUGGGCGCCGGAAACGGAAGCGGGUCGAGUCAACAUAA